AGCAAGAAGAACAAGGGGAAGUACAGUACAUGAUUCUGGAGUGUUUAAUCCUCGAAGUAGCUCAAAAAAACUUCUAUGGCUUCCGGAACUGUGUUUCUUCUUUUGUUCCUGAGUUUCGUCGUCGUGUCUGCUCAAAGUAAUGGAACUCGGAAACUCGCCGGCACCUCUCUCAUCGCCGGCAACGCUUCCGUUCAGCCAUGGCGUUCUCCUUCCGGCGAUUUCGCAUUUGGAUUUCACAACUAUGGCAAUGAUUUAUUCUUGCUUGCCAUCUGGUUUUACAAAGUACCUGAAAACAACGUCGUCUGGUUCGCCGAAGCGGACGACGACAAUCCAGUUCUGGCGCCGAGAGGAUCGAAGAUUGAGCUCACUGCUUCAGACGGCCUGGUUCUUCGAAACCCUAGCGGCGGAGAAAUUUGGAAAUCGGAGCCUAUAACGGCCCCUGUCGCGUUUGGCACGAUGAACGAUACAGGCAAUUUUGUGCUUGUGGAUACAAUCAAUGGAUCCGUAUGGGAGAGCUUCACCUAUCCAACAGACACGUUGCUUCCGACGCAGAAAUUGGAGAUUGGAGGCGUCAUCUCCUCUCGCAAAUCGCAAGGUAACUUCUCACUCGGAAGAUUUCAGUUUCGUUUGCUUCGAGAUGGAAAUGCUGUUUCGAACACCAUUAAUUUGCCCUCUGGCUAUCCGUAUGAUGCAUACUAUAUUAGCAACACUUUUGACUCUUCGAGCACACAGAAUUCUGGGAAACAAGUGAUUUUUGAUGAACAUGGAUUUCUGUAUGUUCUGAAAAAUAAUGGAGUAAAAGUUAACAUUACACAGCUUAGUGAUGGUAACCCAAUUGAGGCUUAUUAUUACAAAGCCACCAUGAACUUUGAUGGAGUUUUGACUGUAAGUUCUUACCCCAAGGGCUCUGGUGGAGUUGCCAAUGGAAGCUGGAAAGAUUUGUUUAGAAUACCUGACAAUAUCUGUCUUUCUAAUGUAAAUCCAAUUGAAAGACUUGGCUCUGGAACCUGUGGAUUCAACAGUAUUUGCACACUGAAAUCUAAUGGAAGGCCAAGUUGUAAUUGUGCACAGGGUUAUUCCUUGGUUGAUCCAAACGAUGAGUUUGGUAACUGCACACCUGAUUUUACACAAGGUUGUGAAGGAGAAGAAGAAGGUGCUGCCAAUUUCAACCAUAACCUGUAUGAGAUGGUGGAUCUUCCAAAGACUAACUGGCCAAUGAAUGAUUAUGAGCGUUUUCCCACUUCAAAUGAACAAGACUGCAAAAGUUCUUGCCUGCAAGAUUGCCUUUGCGUGCUAGCGGUGUUUGGAGGCCGUGAUUGCUGGAAGAAAAGGCCACCGCUCACAUAUGGGAGACAGGAUGCAAGUAUUACAUCCGUUUCUUUCCUUAAAUUAAGAAAAAGUAAUGUCUCACUCGAGAGCUCCCCUGAUGAUAAUAGAACACGAAAGAAACAAACCACAAUAAUUGUUGUCAUGUCUGCACUCUUGGGCUGCUCUGUGUUUGUCAUCUUCAUAUUGCUGGGUUCCAAAUGCUUAGGUUUGUUUGCCUUGAAAAAGGAGAUAUUAGUUGGAACUUGCACAAAGAAUGUCGCUUUGGAAUGUAAUUUAAUCCAGUUUGCUUACAAAGAUCUUUACAAAGCAACAGAUGGUUUCAAGGAAGAACUAGGAAGGGGAUCUUGUGGCAUUGUCUACAAAGGGACAACAGAAGCUGGUCCUGUUGCUGUCAAGAAACUGGACAGAAUGUUUGAAGCAGACAAAGAGAAGGAGUUCAGAACUGAAGUGAACGUGAUUGGCCAAACGCACCACAAAAACCUGGUUCGUCUACUCGGAUAUUGCGACGAGGGGAACAACCGUAUGCUUGUCUACCAGUUCAUGAGCAAUGGCUCAUUGUCGAGUUUCCUCUUCAAUGGCGAUCUGAAACCGAGUUGGAAGCUUCGAGCUCAAAUAGCCAUUGAAAUUGCAAGAGGACUGUUAUAUCUACACGAAGAAUGCAGCACCCACAUCAUCCAUUGUGAUAUAAAGCCUCAAAACAUACUUCUGGAUGAGAAUUACCAUGCCAAAAUCUGUGAUUUCGGGCUGGCAAAGCUGUUGAAGGUGGACCAAAGUAGAACUGAAACUGGCAUAAGAGGGACAAAAGGGUAUGUGGCUCCAGACUGGUUCAGAUCUUCGCCCGUGAACGCGAAGGUCGACGUGUACAGUUAUGGAGUGUUGUUGCUUGAGAUCAUAUGUUGUAGAAGGAAUGUGGAGAUGGAAGGAGAGGGAGCAGUUUUGAGUGAUUGGGCCUAUGACUGCUAUGAGCAAGGAAAGUUGGAUGUUUUGAUUGAAGGAGACAUGGAGGCCAUGGAUGAGUUUGUGAAGGUGGAAAGAUUUGUGAAAAUUGCAAUUUGGUGCCUUCAAGAAGAUCCAUCCAAAAGACCCACCAUGAAAAAUGUGAUGCUAAUGCUUGAAGGUAAUGAACAUGUCUCUCUUCCUCCAUGCCCUUUCCCCUUCACCUCCAUAGUUUGAAAGUCUUUAUAGUUUUGUUUAUUGUUUUCUUUCUUUCUUGAUUUUUUAUUAUUAACUAUUUUGCAAAUUAUAGAUAUACCUAAUGUAUAUAGGUGUCUUUUAGUUCAACCAAUUUUAACAUUCUUCGAUUUUUAAAAAUAUAUGUCUUAACCAAUUGAAUUAGGUUCAUGGUUAGAAAAUAACAGGACUAAAAUAUCUUGUAAUAAAAUAUUCAAAACUAAAGUCUAAAUAAAUGAGAGAUAUUUUUCAUUUGAAAAAGGAAAGCAAAGCGAAAAGGUGUGAAAAAUAGUGAUUUAAAAUAGAACUCUUAAUUGCAAACUACAUUUGGAUCUUGUAUUAGAGAUCUAUAGAUUUUAAACUUGCAUUGAAGGAUUAUUAAGAAAUUAAAAAAACAAACAAUAGUUAUGAGAGGAAUCCGCCAUGCAUUCCAUCAAACCAAUUAGUUUGAAAUUGUAAUCCCUCUAACAAUUUUUAAUAAUUUUUGUAAAAGAAAUUGGCAUCACCCUUGUUUUCUCCAAAAUUUUUUUUUUCUAUUUUCUUUAAUUUCAAACUCCCCAACUCUCUCUCAACUAUUAUUUAUCUCUCUACCAUCUAGAAUCUAUCCUCAUUAAUUAAUCACUGACAAGUGACAACAUUAAAUGAGGUUGGUUCAUUGAUUGAACCAAUUUUAUAAUAAUCUUCUACAG